AUGAAUUAGAUGAAGAUUUCAAAGAUACUGAUAUUAAAAUGAAUUAUUCAAUUCGAUUAGCAACUGAUUUUAAAAGUAAAAAACUUCGAAUAAAUUUAAAUGUUCCAUUAAAAUCUGUUGAACAAAAAGAUAUCGAAGGUGUUCAUCGAACAAUCGAUGAAGAUCGUAAAAUGGUUAUUCAAGCUGCUAUUGUACGAAUAAUGAAAGCUCGACAAAUAUUAAAACAUGCAUUAUUAAUGCAAGAAGUUAUUCAACAAUUAAGUUCACGUUUUCGACCGAAAAUUCCUGUUAUUAAAAAAUGUAUUGAUAUAUUAAUUGAAAAAGAAUAUCUCGAACGUCAAUCGAAUGAAAAAGAUGUUUUACGUUAUUUAGCAUAA